AUGAGCCGGGGGCGCCAGGCCCACUUCGAUGCACUCCUGCAAAAGACAUCCAUCACCAUCAUGGAGGACGCCAUCACGCAGUCACUCUGGGCGAGCAACAUGUGA